AUGGGACGUAAUAAAAGUUUUCUGUUAUACGCAAGCUCCAGUGAACAAUUUGAUCGAUUAAUGAAUAAAAAUAUUUGGCCAAUACAAAUUUGUUCUGUUGAUUAUUCUAUUGAUUUUCCAUCUAAAGUUCCUUCUUCUUAUUCUAUUUUAGCAUUAGGUGUUCCCGCUCAAUGGAAUUUAUUAGAAUUCGAAUUAGAUAUCAAAAAGCAAUAUCCGACAAUUAUCAAAGUUGAACGUCUUUAUAUUAAAGGUGGUAUACCAAUUUCAAAACAAGAAAAUCUUUCUUGUUUCGUUUGGACAACAAAUCAACCAAAACGUAAUAUACCUAUUUAUCCAUCCAGUACAAUUAAUAAUGUUCAAGAAAUUACUGAAUGCAAGUGCGAUCUUGGAUCUUUCGAAGAAAAUCGAUUUACUUACGAUUAA